UCCCUUUCUCAUCGUGGAAUAGUUUUUGUUUUUAUAGCAUUUUAGGACAAGAAUCUGUUUGAAUCAGAUUCUUGUCCAGAGCCACCCACGGCCCACCCAUCCUCACCCUCACCCACCGGCACCGCCGCCCUAUUCUUGAUGUUAUGUUUUGUUACAAAAUCGAUACAAAAUCUAAGGGAUUAUGCAAGAAAUGUGGUUGAGAAAAAGGCAAGGGAAGAAGCUGGAAAGGUUUUGAUCCGCAUGAAAGAUAGUUUCUCAACAGUCUUCAAUCAUGACAAUGAUUCGAUGCCAAGGGUCAGGACUGGGAAAGAAGACAUUAGAGCUAUUACAAAGGAAGCUCGUUCUGCUCAUAUGGCGAGCUACCACAAGGUUAUUGAAGGUUACAGCAGAGAGUUCCUAGCCUCUCUCGGGAUUUUAAACGAGGCUGGAAAACUGGAAGUGGCUUUGGAGUUGUAUGAGGAGAUUUCAUCCUUUACACACUUAACUCCUUUGAGCAGGAAUAUGUAUAAUUCAAUUAUUGAAAGCCUCUCAAAUACAAGUAAGGUUGGAAAGGGAUUUGAACUGUUUGCAGAUAUGUUAAGGCGAGGUGGAAUUCCGGAGUUAAGUACGUUUGUUCAACUUAUCAAAGGACUAACUAGAGUUAAUAAGUGGGAUGAAGUUCUUCAGCUAUCGGAUAGCAUAUGUCAGAUGCUAUAUUGCCGGAAUAAAUGCAUACUGCUGCUGCUGCUGCUUUGUUGUUGUUGUUGUUGUUCUUCUUCUUCUUCUGCUGCUGCUUUGUUGCUGUUGUUGUUGUUGGUGUUUGUAGCUAUAUUGCCGGAAUAAAGCUGCUGCUGCUGCUGCUUUGUUGUUGUUGCUAUUGUUGUUUGUAGCUAUAUUGCCGGAAUAAGUGCAUGCUGCUGCUGCUGCUCGUUGUUGUUGUUGUUUGUAGUUAUAUUGCCGGCUGCUGCUGCUCGUUGUUGUUGUUGUUGUUGUUGUUUGUAGCUAUAUUGUCGGCUGCUGCUGCUGCUGCUCGUUGUUGUUGUUUGUAGCUAUAUUGCCGGAAUAAAUGCAUGCUACUGCUAGCUGCUGCUGCUACUGUUGUUAUUGUUGCUGUUGUUUGU